CCCAGCUCCUAUCACCACCAUGUCCUCUUCACUCACCAGGCUCCGUCCAUAUCAAACCCCCUUCUUUCGCAACUUUCGUAGCUUUAGCUCCUCGUCUCAACUUAGCUCCCGCCUCCGCCAACCAGGCGAACCCACAGGCCCCAACGAACCCCCCACUCACAUCUCCUCGUCCCCCUCCAAGUCGCCCCUCAAAGUUUGGCCGAUCAUCCUGAUCUUCGCAACAGGCAGCUUCUUAUUCAAGAAGAUUGUGGAUCAGCGAAAGGGAGAAGGAUAUCAGCCCAAGGGACCAGUACAAGGACACUCGCCGAGUGGAAAGGGAACUGUGCAGCCAUCGCACCCCCAUUAGGCCAUUGCAACGUCACGCAAAGGACCUGUAUAGCGAUUUGAAAGCAGAUAACUCGAAAGAAACGCAAAGAUGCCAGCAAUUGAGAAGCUCGGCGCAACAACGCGCACCUCGCCCCUCUGGUCCGCCUCGGAGGUCACGGUCAUUUUCGUGCUCGGCGGCCCCGGUGCAGGAAAAGGCACGCAAUGCCAGAAGCUCGUUUCAGACUAUGGAUUCAAGCACCUUUCCGCCGGCGACUUGCUGCGUGAGGAGCAGGACCGCCCUGGUAGCGAGUUUGGCGAGAUGAUCAAGUCGAACAUCAAGGAGGGUAUCAUUGUGCCCAUGGAAGUCACGAUUCAGUUGCUCGAGAACGCUAUGAAGGCACAGAUAGAAGCUGAGGGCGAAGCCUGGAAGAAGCUGUUCUUGAUUGACGGCUUUCCCCGUAAACUCGACCAAGCCCAUGCCUUCGAGCGCACCGUCGUCCCUUCAAAAUUCACCCUUUUCUUUGACUGCUCCGAAGCCGUCAUGGAGAAACGCUUGCUACAGCGCGGCGAGACAUCCGGCCGUUCGGACGAUAACCUCGAGUCGAUUAAAAAGCGCUUCCGCGUUUUCGUUGAAACUAGCAUGCCUGUCGUGAACGAGUUUGAGAGCCAGAACAGGGUUGUGAAGGUCAGUGCAGAGAGAAGCCCAGAGGAGGUGUAUAGGGAUGUGCAGGCGAAGUUCAGGGAGAGGGGUGUGGAGCCCAUUACGAUCAAGUUCGUAAAGACUGCUUAAGAGCGCGAAGGUAGAGGCGGCAAAGCAGGCGAUGGCUCUUUGAGCGUACACAUUAGAUAGAGUAGCAUAUAUGAUAGACGAUAUGGCUUCGGUGAUACACAGAAAUCUCACGCAGCAACGGAUUUCUUUCUGCUGAUCUUUGUUCUAGCAUCUGUCAUAUCAAGUAAAUCCUCUCAAAGCACAUGAAAUUAAGAAAACCGUGAAUGCAUCAGCU